AUGUCUACUCCAGUUAUUGUUGGCUUUGCCGUUGCUGGUGCAGCUACCGCAGCACGACUCGGUUUAAGAGCAUUUCAAGAAUAUCAAAAGAUGCCAAAAGCACCAAGACUUUCAAAAUUCUACAAAGGAGGCUUCGACCCAAAGAUGAAUAAAAGAGAAGCUGCUCUGAUUCUUGGGCUUAGAGAAUCUCAAGCAACUAAAGCCAAAAUAAAGGAAGCUCACAGACGUAUCAUGUUGUUAAACCAUCCUGAUCGAGGAGGAUCACCUUUCUUAGCGUUAAAGAUUAAUGAAGCAAAGGAAUUUUUGGAACAAAAGGUCAAAAAGUAA